AUGGGAAGAAAUAUUCUCGUGUUGCUCUUCACGAUUCUGCUGCUUUUUGGUGGCAUUUGUUCUGUUUCAGCUGGUGUUUAUUCUGUUUCAGCUAUUUCCUCACCUACCAGAAUUGUAAAUGGGUUUUUCUCAAAUGCAUUUUCUAUGCUGAUGAAAUGGAUUUUAUCGCUCAAGGCAACUACUAAAACAGCAAUAUCUGGGCGUCCAAUGAUGAAAUUUGAGAGUGGGUACACAGUGGAGACAGUGUUUGAUGGAAGCAAACUUGGCAUUGAGCCACAUUCUGUUGAAGUUUUGCCCAAUGGGGACCUUCUCAUUUUGGAUUCUUCUAACAGCAAUCUUUACAAGAUCUCUUCAUCUCUGUCCCUAUAUAGCAGGCCAAAGCUGAUUACAGGGUCAGCUGAUGGAUACUCUGGAUAUGUGGAUGGAAAAUUGCGAGAAGCUAGAAUGAAUCAUCCAAAAGGACUUACAGUGGAUGAUGGAGGAAAUGUUUACAUUGCCGACACGGAUAAUAUGUCAAUCAGGAAGAUAAGUGAUACCGGAGUGACAACCAUUGCAGGAGGUAAAUGGAGUCGGGGAAAUGGACAUGUGGAUGGACCAAGUGGAGAUGCAAAAUUUUCAAAUGAUUUCGAUGUGGUCUAUAUAGGAAGUAGUUGCUCUCUCCUCGUUAUAGAUAGAGGAAAUAAAGCUAUUCGUGAAAUACAACUCCACUUUGAUGAUUGUGCUUAUCAGUAUGGAAGUAGUUUUCCCCUUGGUAUUGCGGUGCUUAUAGCAGCUGGCUUCUUUGGUUAUAUGUUAGCAUUGCUCCAACGAAGAGUUGGUUCAAUUGUAUCUUCUCAAGAUGAGCAAGAAAUCUUGAAAGCAGGUACUGUAAAUCAGAAUCCGUACCAGAGGCAGCUGAAGUCAUCAGUAAGGCCAACACUGAUCCCGACCGAAGACGAGCAGGAGAAACUCGAAGAAAGCUUUUUCGGGUCUUUAGGGAGAUUGGUUGCACAAACUGGAGCAUCUGCUGCUGAAAUUCUUGGAGGAGUUUUUCCUGUGUUCAAAAGGAAUCAAUAUAAUCAUCAGUAUCAAAACCAAGUACAACAGCAGAAGUAUUCAAAUACUUGGCCUGUACAACAAGAUAGCUUUGUUAUACCGGAUGAAGACGAGCCCCCUUCCAUUGAGACCAGGACCCCGACUCCUCGAAAAACCUAUGCCUUCAUGUCCACAGAUUCUGAGAAAAUGCAACGACUUAAACAAAGUCGUGCUUUCUACAACGGAUGGGAAGGUGACCUCCAGAAUCAGCAAACUCAGAGAAAACAUCAUCAUCGAUAUCAUUCGUCCAUACCUCAAACUUGCUAUGAACAAACCUCGGAGAAGACUAGUGAGAUUGUGUUUGGAGCAGUUCAGGAGCAAGAAGGGCAGCCCAGUGUUGUAAUAAAGCCCCUUGAAAAUGUGAUCCCAUCGUAUGAUGUUUCUAACAUUCGUGCUCGACCCAACUAUCCCCAUGGACGUUGA